UUUCGUCGCGUCUGUGUGUUGAUCAAAGCGAAUAAUUUUAUGAGUGUCUAGAAUGCGCCUGCGCUUUCGUUUCAUGCGAAUAUAUACAUACUGACGUGCAUACAUACUCGUACAUACAUAUGUACAUACGUACUCGCACAUAUUUUAUCUGCGGCUUGUACCUCUUGAUUUUGAUCUGCGCAAAUUCGAUGUUCAAAAUUAUUUAUCAAAGCAGUGAAAAAUCAAAACAACAAAUAAAAUUAAAGCAAAAGAAAAAAAUUAUAUAUAUGUAUGUAUGCACAUAUGUACAUAUAUGAAAAUAUACAUAAAUCUGUAAGCGUUAAUUAGCGAAAUUAAUAUUUAUGUUUUUUCAUUUCUUGUGCUCAAUUCGUUGUGCUUUCGAUACUAAAAAGCAUAAGUGCCUAAAACGAAAGAAAUUAUUUUAAACGGUUGCUCGUUCCUUCGACGUCACUUCUGACGACUUCGUUCAUGUGACGUCACUUGUUUAUUGCUUUUUUUUCAACGGUUCGCCGUCGACACAAUUGAAGCGCGUGUGACAAACAACAAUAAAACACCGAAAAUACCGCACGAAGUCCGAAAAAAACGCCAAGACGACGACGGAAACGAUGUCUUGGAGAUAAAAUAAGAAAAAUACUAAAAAUUUUACAAAGCAAAACACGACAAAGGCAAUAUACAUACAUACAUACAUAUAUACAUAUGUAUUUAUGUAGUUCGAUUCGAGGCAUUAAAAGCGACAAGUGGCGAAAUACGCACACAUACAAGCCGACAUAUUCACACAUACGCAAAUAAAUACAUAUAAUAAAGUUUAAACCGAGCAAAAUUGUGUAGCAUCGGAAAAUUACAAAAAAAAAAAAAUAAAAAAAGUUGUGCAAAAAGUGAAGCUAUUUGACCGCUUGUUAUGCAUAUGUCAAAUUGUUGUAAUGUCAUAACGGCUAUAUAACAGUGAAAAAAACUGUCCACUUGGAGAUAAAAAUUGCAACACCAAACUAUUUGUAAUAAAGAAUCGGAAGACCAAUAUCCUUGUGUAGUGCUUCGUUUGUGCAUAGUAUUAAAAAAUGAUAUACAAGUUUUUACAUGAGAAGUGGCAAAAUAUUUUAUAAUUUGAAGCUCGUUAUAUGGAAAUUAAUUAAAAUAUACAAAAAUACUCAAAAGGUGGAUAUGAAUAUUGCGAAGUGAAAUUUAAACACAUAAUUCAGUGGUUUGAUAAAGUUCUGUCUAUAAUUAAUAUAAGGAAAAAUCGAAUAGCUUCGAAUUGUGUGUUAAAAGCGUUAUAAAAAAUUGUUCCUAAUAGAAAAUUGUUCAACGACAACCACAAAACUAAAAGACACAACCAAACAUGAGUCAACACAUCCGCAGCAUGAACUAAUAGUACUGUCUAAAAAGUUGACCUCGGUGUUUGUGCAAAAAAUGCCGAAAUCCAUACGGAAAAACGAAGUGACGAAUACGAUGAUGCCAUUGAAUGGAACUUGAUGUAUGGCAAAAAGUGAAAACCAACCUCAAAAUUUGUUAUUUAACGAGAAUACAGACUAUUUUAGAACACACAGAGUUUCCCAGGCAACAUUAAAUCACUGAAUUAAGCAAAGUAAAAAUAUUACUAAACGGAAUUCCCCGAGAAUUUAAUGCGCCAAAAAGGGGAAAUCUAAGUCAAUGUCAAAAGUUAGUCCAAAAGUAAUUAGCCAGAAUGGAUGUUAAUUGUGAGCGAUUGAUCUUGAGCGCCGCACACGAUCACAAUCAGAGUCGCGGUCGCGUGGAUAUGCCGAGGCAACGGCUUGACAACAAUGCGCUGCGUGCAGAACGCGGCCGGCGUUGGUCGGCGGCGGCAGCAGCGGCGCAGCGUACACAAAACUCCACCGAUACGGGAGGGGGAGUGCAGGAGUGGCGAGCUGCUGAUGACAACAUGACGUUGGUAAUGCGCGAAAGCGAGACCCACUGUAGCAGCAUUUGUAUCAUCUGCCGUCAACGAGUGGAGGAGUGUUGCGCGCGUUGUUGUAGCAAUUACUCACCUGCAACAAUAGCCAAUAUUAAUGGCAGCAGUGUACGACAAGUGACGCAGCAUAAAAGUUCACACAGCAGAUGCACAACGAUUAACUCAUCAACAUCAUCAACAACAACAAUAACAACCAGUGCAACAACACACGCAGCUAAACCCGAUUACAACGAUCAUCAGUUGCUCUUUAUGCAGGACAAUACGUGUGCAUGCGAUGGCAAAUGCGUAGACUGUUGCAAACCUCGCUCAGUGCAACUGCCGCCUGCAACAGCACAAACAACAAAGCUAGUUAACGGUGAUGGCAAUACGUCAAAAUCACUGGCACAGCAAACAGUGCAGCAGCAAUCGGCGCAACCUACUAAGGAGGCCACAGUGGCGUUGGCGUUUGUGUGCUGCAACUGUCGACGGCAAAAGCGACAAGGAAGCAGCAACAAUUUCUUGCACACCAACGAUGUGUCACCUGCACCAGCAACUGCUUUGGGUACACCUUUCGGGGUAGCUGAUUUAUUGGCAGUAACAACGAAAACGACGCCACCAUGUUCAACACCAUUACAUGCAGCGCCAAUGCUAAAUACAACAACAAUCACAACAGAUUUAGAGUUGACAACAACAACUGCAGCGUUCACUUUUUCACCACCAUCAUCUUCAUCAUCAUUAGUUCAUACCACCUGUACAAAUUGCAACGAGCAACAUCAAAAAAACCCGGUUGCUGCAACAGCAAUAGCAACAGCAACAACCACAAGUAUAAAUUCACCUGCGCCUGCGCUCAUCGAUAAAGCUCUGCGCACUUUUCAGAUUUUAUUAUUGUGCAUUCAGGUACAACUUUUGCAUCCUGUACACGAAAAAAUCCAUAGUUUUCUUUACAAAAACAAAAACAAUAAUAAUAGCAAUAGCAGCAACAACAGCAAAGAAUAUAUGACAAAUAGUAAUAUUAGCAGUAGACACAGUAGAAAUUGUAAUACGAAUACGAAAUCCAAUAAAAGACAUGCAAAUGAUAAAGCACAACUGCAAAUGCUCGCGUGGCAAGAGCAGCCGCAACAAAAACAACAACAACAACAACGUCCUCCACUCUCAAGACUGAUGCAACAAAUUCGCUGUAAUUCCUACUACAAUAAUAAUAAUAAUAAUGAUAAUACAAAUAAUAAUAUAAUGGAUAUAGUCAAUAGUAACAAUAGUUAUGCAAAUAUAUUUAAUACAUCACGAACCGAGCAACAACAACAAUACGCCAAUGCUAACGCCAACAAGACUAGCUGUAAUAAUAGAUAUUUAAGUAACGAUAUAUGCUCGCAACCGCAACAUCACAUUAGCUACCGUACAGUACAACAAAAAUCACAGAUAUUACAACAACAACAACAUGUGCAUCACUAUAAUUUAAUAUUACCAUCGCCAACAACACCACCAACAUCACAUCGACAAAAUGUUUUGCAACAGCAGCACAGUCACCACAAAGCGAGCAAUAUCGCCCCCUCAUCAUCACUACAAUUGCAAUUACAACAUUUGCGUUACUUCAAAAUGCCAAAUCUAACAAUUUUGUAUAAGUUACUACUUAUUCUGUCGUUCCUAUCACUAUUUCUGCCAUCGAUAAAUGCACAGACAUCACACGCGAUUGCGACAUCGUCAGCGGCGUCGGCGCCUAGCCGCAACGCUAUCCGCACAUCACCGGUGGCUUUGGGCCGCAACGAGACUGUAUGCCGCUCCUUAGAUAUACGUAACUCUCCCAGCGAAUUGAAUCAGUUGCGCAAUUGCACGGUCAUAGAAGGUUUCCUACUCAUAACACUCAUGAAUCAGCACAAUCCGCAGGAGUUCACACAGACCUUUCCUUUGCUAACUGAAGUCACGGAAUUCAUCAUCAUUUAUCGGGUUCACUAUCUACGAUCGCUGUCACAAAUCUUCCCGAAUUUAAGCAUCAUACGUGGUACAACACUAUUUGAAGGUUAUGCUCUCAUUGUCUACUACAAUCCACAUCUGGAGGACUUGGGCCUCUCCAAACUAACAACCAUAUCACGUGGUGGUGUCCGACUUGAGAACAAUAUCGUACUUUGUUAUGUGAAGACAAUUGCUUGGAAGCGCAUUGUAAACCGUGACGCAGAAAUAACAAUCGAGAACAAUAGCAAACUGAUUGAGUGUCCCAAAUGUCCGGGAGACACAAAGCCUGGCAGAGAAGAUGGCGUCGAUACAGAAUUGGCCUGCAAGGAAUUCGAUGGACAAAGACGUUGUUGGAGCAAUAAGAAGUGCCAAAAGAUCUGCCCGGAUCGCUGCAAAAAUAAUUGCGUGGACGAGAACACUUGCUGCAAUGAGAACUGCCUUGGCGGAUGUUCGCCCAACAACUUAGACGAAUGUAUCAGCUGCCGCGAUUUCUCCAUCUACAACAACACCUGCAUCGAGAAAUGUCCCCCAAAUUACUUUAGCUACUUGGAUCGUCGCUGCCUCACAGCCGAGGAAUGUAUUGGAAUCGGUACGAAAUUCGAAAACAAUAAACCACAGAUUAUUGUGCCUUAUGACGGAAAGUGCUCAACUCGCUGCCCAAAUGGAUAUAACAAAAUCGGCUCGACGUGCCAGGCAUGCGGCGACAACUGCGUGAACAAGUGUGAUGGGGCGCACAUCGAUAGUGUGGAACGCGCGAAGGACUUUACUGGUUGCACGCACAUUGUUAAAAAUGGCCUCACCAUAAGCAUUAAGCGUGGCGGAAAACACUUAAUGGAAGAGUUGGAAUCCGGUCUGUCAUCCAUUCAAGAAAUUAGCACAUUUCUAAAGGUACAAGGUACAUACGGGUUGACAUCAUUGUCGUUUUUCAAACACCUAAAGCGUAUUAAUGGCACUGAGCUCAGUGAAAACAAAUUUGCAAUUUAUGCGCUUGAGAAUAAUGAUCUCGAAUCAGUUUGGGGCGAUAAUCGUACCGUACAUAUUGAGAGGGGACGCGUCUUCUUCCAUUUCAAUCCAAAGCUAUGUUACAAUGAGAUUGAGAAAUUGCUGCCGAUGAUGAGAGAAAACGCAACGUUCGAUAAAAAUGAAGUGGCCACAGAUUCCAACGGACAUAAGGGGUCAUGUAACACAGAAUUGUUGAAUGUUACUGUGUCAAAGGUGUCGAGUCGUGUGGCGGUUGCGGAAAUCGAGAAUCCACUGGUAUUUGAUGAUAAUCGCACCUUCAUCGGUUAUCAGUAUUUUCUAAUGGAGGAUAAGUACAAAAAUGCCACCAAAUAUUCACAGCGCAUCUGUGACGACGGCUGGAUUGUAAGUGAUCCCACCAAGGAUAACCAAUAUAUCUUCGUAAAUCUGCAACCAUACACGCAGUACGCGUAUUAUGUUAAAACUUGGACCAUAUCUUCGGAGAAGCGUAACGCACAAAGUAAUAUACAUCAUUUUAAAACCAAAUCUGCGCAACCCAAAUUCGUACAAAGCCUAAACGCCUACGCAAUAUCAAGCUCUAAAAUCGCUAUUACAUGGACACCACCCGCGAAUCCUCAAGGCAAUCUAACGGUCUAUCGCGUACAUGCUACUCUUGAUAAACGUAGUCAAGUCUUGGAUUCACGUAACUACUGCAAAGAUCCUGCACAAAUAGACAAAGACGAUGAUACAAAGGAUCCUACACGGAAUAGCCCUGGUGGGGUGACGGAACCGCCAAACGCUGCCAAUUGCAAAUGUGAUGGUGAGAAAUCGCCAAAUCACAGCGAUAUAGAUACCAGUGAGGCAACAAUUGUGGCUGGCAUUGAUUUCGAGAAUACACUGCAGAAUUUCAUUUAUGUCAAACACACAAACGAUACCAAAAAGCCUAAACCGAAAAAUGUUGAACAAAACAAAAUAUCUCUCACUGAAAUGGAUGCUAAACGACGACGCCGACGCAGUGAGGGCGAUCCCGAGGAUAGUUUUCUUGUACGCCACAUGCGUGCUACGCCCGAUAAUUUCGAAAAUAUUAUACUUAAGACAACAUCUGAAGAUGGUAGCAAAGAGGAUGCGACCAUUAUAACCACGGUGGCGCCAAUUGAGCGAACCACACUUGGUAAUAGAAAUGCAUCGGGCAAUAGCGACAACCGUAUGGAUGCAACUGGUCAAUUUUAUGAGACCUUCGUACAAAAUGUGUCCGUCAACACUGUUAAAUAUGAAUUCACAAACCUUAAGCAUUUCUCUUUCUAUACGAUCGGUGUCGAAGCGUGUCGUGAGCCCGAAGAGGGCGCCACCGAGAAGGAAUGUAGUGAUAUACGCAUGAGGUUUGUGCGUACUAAAAAAAUGGAGGGUGUGGACAAGGUCGAAAAUUUGCGCGUUGCUUUAGUACAAACAAAUACAACGCGAAGUGAAGUGCGCAUAAAUUGGGAUCCACCAGCGAAUCCAAAUGGCGAUGUGGUGUCUUACACGAUUUCCUACAAGAAAUCCGAACAGGAUGCUGUGGAGGAGAAACGUUGCAUCACUGAAGUAAAUUAUCGCAAUUUGACAAAUGGCUACACGAUGCCAUUACCGACCGGAAAUUACAGUAUUAGAGUGCGCGCAAAUUCAUUGGCUGGCGAUGGUGUUUAUUCAGAAAUCGUCUAUAUUGACAUUCCGCCUGAAAAAUGGUCUGGAGCUUUGAUUGCCGGCAUUUGUGUUGGAGUCAUUGGUAUUAUCUUUCUGAUGGGUGGUGUAUAUUGGUACGUUCGGCGAAAAUACGCGCCUCCAAACGACAUCAAAAUCAUUCCCACCGUCAAUCCGUACUAUAUAAGCCUGCAAUAUGUGCAGGACGGCUGGGAGGUAGAACGAGAGCGCGUUAUACAAUUAAGUCCACUUGGUCAAGGCUCUUUCGGUAUGGUAUACGAAGGUAUACUUAAAGGCUUAAACGGUACCGAGGAUACACCAUGUGCCAUUAAGACGGUCAAUGAAAAUGCCACCGAUCGCGAACGGAUUAAUUUCUUGAGCGAAGCCAGUGUUAUGAAGCAAUUCGAUACAUAUCACGUAGUGCGGCUACUCGGCGUUUGCUCAGUCGGCCAACCUGCAUUAGUCGUAAUGGAGUUGAUGAAGUUCGGUGACUUAAAAUCAUACUUACGUGCACACCGUCCUGAUAGCGUACAAAGCGAUGAAAUGCCCUUCAGGUACCGUGAAACUGGCGUGCAACCACCACCCCUGAGUCGUGUUUUCCAGAUGGCCAUAGAAAUUGCAGAUGGUAUGGCUUAUCUAUCAGCCAAAAAGUUUGUACAUCGCGAUUUAGCAGCUCGUAAUUGUAUGGUGGGUGCUGAUUUAACAGUGAAAAUUGGUGAUUUCGGCAUGACUCGCGACGUUUAUGAAACAGAUUACUAUCGAAAAGGCGAUAAGGGUUUGUUACCAGUACGUUGGAUGCCGCCAGAAAGUUUACGUGAUGGCAUCUAUUCCACUGCCAGUGAUGUCUUCAGUUAUGGUGUAGUACUUUGGGAGAUUGUAACACUCGCUUCACAGCCAUAUCCCGGUUAUUCUAAUGAUCAAGUAUUGCGUUUCGUCAUCGAGGGCGGAGUUAUGGAGCGCCCAGAUAAUUGUCCAGACAAAAUUUAUGAAAUUAUGCAGCAAUGCUGGGAACAUCGCCCCUCAAAACGACCAUCGUUCUUCAAAAUUAUACGCGUACUAUUGGAACAUGUGCACACCGAUUCCGAGGGUUAUCUUUCGCGCUUUCGUGAAGUAUCCUACUACUUCUCAAAUGAGGGUACGCAGGAGCGUGAAAAAGAACGAACCGAGAGUAUGCAUCCCUCUGGCGAUAUAUUCAGUGAGGAGAAUGAAAUCGAUGACGCUACCACUCCGUUACGUACCGACGAAUUCAAUGAAUAUAAACUCAAUUUGGCUAACACUUCCUCUGUAGAGCAUGAAGGCGAAAGUCCAAUGGCCAUCGACGAUGACCAUCCUCACUCUCCAUAUAGCCACAGCCUAGACUCAGCCAACAUUAUCAGCAGCACGCCUGACGGCCAGUCCAAAAAUAGCUACAAUUUCUCGCAAAUGUCGCACAACAAUCAAACUCUGCUAAGUUCGGUGCCAUCGACAUCGGCAGGUAUUGUUAGCGGUGGUUCUCACUCACAUUCUCAUCAGCUACAUCAACCGGGUGCACAACUACGACAAACGCGCUACAGUCAGUUUCCAACUGAAGAGGCGGCAGCCAAUUACGUACUACCAGACUAUGAUCCUCGUACAGAAUUUAAUGGUAAGAAUGAACGACAAAGUGCCUUGAGCGGUGCUAGGAUGGAAACUGAUGAGCGCGGUUAUGAGAUGUACGAUCCAAGUCCGAAUUACCGUGAACAUGGACCGUAUGACGCAGCUGUAGACGAGGACGAUUUUGAUGGUUUACCAACGACUGGUCAUAGCUCCAGAAUCGGAAGCGGCGGCCAACAACUAUUGCCACGAAAUAAGCCGCGACAUCGCAUGCCCACCAUAAUGCCAAUGUCUAGUUCAAUGCCCGAUGAAAUGACGGGUACACCUAUUGCUUCAUCGCUGCAUCCAUCUACGGCAUCGGCCGCUUCGUCAAAUGCCUCAUCAACCAAUACGACAACGGGACGCUAUUCGGGUCUAAAAGCCGUGGCCGACAAAAUGCGCUUUAAAAACAUUAAUCGACGCAUUUUUAAUCACAAGCGUACGGGUAGUAAUGCUAGCCAUAGAAGUACGAGUUCUAAUCCGAACACCACCACGUCUUCGAGCAGCACUUCUAAUAUAGCAGCGGGGGGAAGCAUUCGUCGCGAAAAGAGUGUAAGCGGUCAGAAUUUGGGUACAAUUGAGAGUGGUGGCAGUGGUAGUGCUAGCAGCUAUGUAACACCUCGUUUUUUCACUCCUUCCUCCGAUGUACUAAAUGCGAGCAGCAAUCCUAACUACCGUUUGUUAGAUGAAACUGCAAACACAUCGUGUCUUUCCGGCGCAGGUGACGCGAGUGAUUUCCCAACAAGUGGUAACAGGAAUUACAAACGCCUUGACGAAUCAUUAAAUGCCACAUUAACACCUGGCAAGCCCGUCGGUACGCCAUCUAGUAACAUUGCUUCGUUCACACCUCGACCGUUUGCAAAAUCUAUUGAUAACGCCCCCUAUACUCUGAUGGGUGCCGCGGGGUCAGAUUCUACACUGCGUACCACUGAUAAUCCCAAUUACGUUGUAAUGAAUCAACCAUCAGCACUCACCCAACCGCCUUCAAAACUGUCGCAAACAGCCACUACAAGUCCAAUUGCAUUUGCGCAAAGAAGUGACGAUGCCGCUUAUACAAUGAUGGGACCUACGCCAUAUGAACCAAGCACUCAUAUAUCAUCGACAUCAUCGCUUGACGACGAUCCCAAAGUGGUUGCUCAUGAUGAUGACGAUGAAGAUAAUGAUGAUGAAGAUGAUGAGCCGACUGAACAUAUAAGAAUGGAACUGCUCGGUGGUCAUCGGCGUGGUAGCGAUAAAGCGCAACAACAUCGCAAGUCGCGUGGAAAACGAAGCCGCAGCGAAAGUCAAAACAAAUUGGACGAAAAGACUACACAAAAAAUCGGAAACUCACCCGGAACAACUCCUACCAGCUGCUACACAACCCCCGCUGAAGGUGGCAGUAGCUAUGUAAGCUUAACACCUGCAUCAACAACAGCGACUACAUCUUCGCCAGCUACGCAGUCUAAACCUUCUACCACUUACUCACUCAAAGAGAAGUGGUUACGGCAGCAAUCACAGCAGCCACAACAACCGCCACCAAAUGGUUUCAUCGGGCGUGAGACGUAGUAACAGGAAUCGAAGGAAUAGCAUAGAACGAAAAAGACAAGGAAGCGCACACUGCCAAAAUAAAACAAAACGACGAAUCUUAAGAAAGUUCAUUAUGUAGGACAAGUGGCGAAUAUAUUGGCUCCAAAACAAAAUUUCAAAAUAUUAUAAAUUCUACGCGGUGGCAAUAAGUAUACACAUAUAUGUAAUUUGUUUGAUAGGUGUACAUACAAAGUAGAUGACACAUGCUGAGUGCAAAUUUUUGUUUUUUCCUACUAAUAUUUUUAAGACAAAAAAGUAAAUUAAAUUAAAUAAAUACUAUUCUAUAUGUAUGUAUGUGUGCAUAUAUAUAUGCAGAUAUAUACAUAUAUAUUUAUAUACGAUAUGCCAAGCAUCAUUUAGUAUAAUGAUGAAAUAACAAACCAAAAUCGUUGAGACAUUCGCAGGCUUGCGUGAAUUGGAUGCAUGAGAAAGAGGUGCUUCAUUUAACACAAAAAAUUGUAAUUAAAAUAUUAAAUGAUAACAAAAUGCAUAUGUGCUCGCUGAAACGAAUGUGUAGAGAAGAAAAUUAUUUAAAUUAUUGACGAAACAACAAUUAAAAGAAGCUUAUAAGUAGCUAGCGUCUGCAUAUAUGCAUUUAUUUUGACAGAAAGUAGCGAGCUUUAGUAAAAAGUGCAUGAAUGAUUGGUUAUAACAAUGUUAAAGAAAGAUAAGCAAUGUGUUAACAACUAAAGAGUUUUCCAACGCUACAAUGCAUUCACUAUAAAUUAAUUAUAUUAAAGUAGUAUGUAAAAUAAAAGCACUCAAGGUUGAAUAGAGAAUACAAAGCGCGCUAAUUUAAAUAAUAUUGCGCCCUAAGCAUUAUCUCGUCAGUGGUGUAAUGACUAUAAUGUGAUGUCUUUAAUGACUUGUUUAUGGCAAUUUCGAAACCAAAAUAAUACGACGAAAUGGCAUUUCCUGCAAAUAAGACAUUUCUUAAAGUUUUCUGCAAAUAAGAUAUUUUUUACAGUUUUUGUAUUUUCGAAAAUGACAAAUCCGCAAUCUUUUGUUGUAUGCGCACAUAACGAGUUUUGUUUCACUAAAGAUUCCUAAUUUUGUUAGACUCGCCAAAAUAUUGAGUUUAAUUGCAGACAUCACAUUACAUACAAAUGCAUUGUAAAUUAGAAGCGAGUGACUUGACAAAGAAUUGCAUGUUGUUACAACAACAACAACAACAACAGUAAUAAAGAAUAUUGUUACAACAACAACAAAAACAAAUAAUAUCAUGUUGUUACAACAAUUACAAAAAUAACAACAACAAAGAGUUGCAUGCAAGUUUCAUUUAGCAACCAUUUGAUUAAAACAAAUUUAAUUAUUUUAUAAAAAUUAUAUUUAGUCAAAAUUUAAUUUUUUACAAAUUAUUAUGCAUAUAACCUUUCACACUGUAUUCUAUGUGUAAUAGAAAUUAAUGUAAUGUACUUAUGAUGCUUUCGGCUUAAAAAAAAUUCAAAACACAAAAUUCAAAAAGAAAAAAAAUAAAUUCAACCAAACAAUACAUACAUAAGUAUGGCGAAAUAAUAAGAAAAAUUUUAAUUAUUAGAAAAUUUAAUAAAUCAUGCUAGGAAAAGUACUAAUGUAAAUGAUUAACUACACGAAGAGUUGGAAAUUUUUAUAUACAUUCGCAGUUUUAGUAAAUAAUUACGAAGAAAUUAUUUAAAAAACAUAUUCUAAUUCAGAUAAUUAUAAAUGUAUGUGUUCAGCCAGGAAACAUUUACCACACAAAUUUUUUUCUACUCAUACUAAACAAUUAUUUACAUAUAAAAGCUACACUUGUUUAUGAAUAUUUAUUUAAGGCAAGCAGACAAGAUGUAUGCAAUUUCAUUACUAUACAAAUGUUAAACAACAGUUAUUCACGGCCUACAGUUAUCAAGAAGAACACUCAUAAAAUACUAUUUUUGAAUGCAUUGAAAAAUUUGGUUAAAAUAUAUCUAAAUAUAACAUAAGAGAAUUAACCACAUACAUACAUAUACCAAAUGUAUAUUGAACUGGCAAUACAUUGGAGAAACGUGGCUAAAAAUGUACAAUGGCAUAACUUGUGAAAAAUGAUUUCCAAAUUAAAGAUAAUUUCAUGCUUCUAUAGAAAUUUUUGAUUUUACACACUGAUUUAUGCACGAAUAACGAUACAGGAUUCACACACCCACGAUAUAUAUUAUAAAAAAUUUAUUUAUAAUAUUAUAAAUAAAAUAAACACAUAAAGUACAAAUUAAAUGUAAGCGCGACACGAAAUAAAAUAAGUGAAGUAACUGAGGGAUUUAUAUUGAAAUAAUGUCUCUUGGCAAAUCGUAAAUACUUAACGAUUUCAAUAUAAUAGCAUAAUUAAUAGUAAUAGGUUUAUAUUGUAAGCAUAACAAAAGUGUUAAUCGAAAAAUAUGUAUGUACAUAAGCAAAAGAAGACGUUAUAAUAAAUUAUGAACAAUAGUUUGUACAGUUGACCGUAAAAUUGAAAAACAUUAAAGGAAAAAAAUAAUAAUUAAAUUUCAUUUUGUUUCAAAAUAAACACUCAAUAACUGAAUAAGAUUGAUGAAGCUAAGAAAUUAAGAGUCGCAACAAGUCGCCAUUAAAUUUACAGCAAACGAAUUGGCGUUUGUGCAAAAUUUUUGAAUUUAUCUAUGUGCAACUUUUGAAAGUAAACAUAAUAAAAAUAUAUAUUUUAUUUAAACAAAA